AUGGAAAAGUUUCUUAAAAGAUCCUUCACACCAGCACCUAAAGAAAAUUUGGAUGAUUUACCAUGGGAUCCUGCUAAAAGGAAAAAAAUCAAUGCAUAUGAUUCAAAUCAAAGAGACGAGAUAAGGCGCAAGUAUCUAGCUAGAGGUCCUUGUAAACCGUAUGGUCAUAAUUUUCCGAAAAAGAUGAUCUCAAAUUCUUUGAGACGGUUUAGUCCUACUUGGUUUGAUCAGUAUGGUACUUGGCUUGAGUACAGCGUAUCGACAGAUAGAGCUUAUUGUUUGUGUUGUUACUUGUUUCGAGAUGACAUACAUAAGCAAGGUGGGAAUGAUACGUUCGUGACAGAAGGUUUUUCUAGCUGGAAUAAAUCUGAGAGAUUUGCUACUCAUGUGGGUGGUCUAAAUAGCUUUCACAAUAUUGCAGUCAAGAUGUGUGAUUCUUUGAUGAAUCAAAAACAGUCCAUUACCCAAGCUUUUUAUAAGCAUGAUGAUGUGGUCAAAAACGAAUAUCGUCUUCGGUUGAAUGCUUCAGUUGAUGCUUCUAGAUAUUUGCUACGACAAGGAAUACCUUUUCGUGCUCAUGAUGAGUCAGAAGAUGCUGGUAAUAAAGGGAACUUUCUGGAACUUAUAAGGUAUACCGCAGACCAGAACGAAGCGGUAAGUAAAGUUGUUUUGGAAAAUGCUCCAAAAAAUAACCAGAUGACUUCUCCACCGAUCCAGAAAGACAUUGUCCAUUGUUUUGCAGAAGAAGUCGUGAAAUCUAUUAUUGAAGAAGUUGGUCAUGGUGUUUUUGGUCUACUGGUGGAUGAAUCUGCUGAUAUUUCUCACAAGGAACAAAUGGCUAUUGUGUUGCGCUUUGUCGAUAAGAACGGAACAAUCAAAGAAAGAUUUAUUGGUGUGGUUCAUGUAAAAGAAACUUCUUCUUUGACACUUAAGCUAGCUAUCGAUGGUUUGUUUGCUAAGUAUGGAUUGAGCUUGAAAAAUGUAAGAGGCCAAGGUUAUGAUGGAGCGAGUAAUAUGAAGGGUGAAUUCAAUGGUCUUCGGGCUUUGAUUUUGAGGGAAAACAGUUCAAGCUACUAUGUUCAUUGCUUUGCUCAUCAGCUUCAGUUGGUAGUAGUGGCAGUCGCGAAGAAACAUUUUGAAGUUGGUGAGUUUUUUGAUAUGAUUUCUACAUUGUUGAAUGUAGUUGGGGCUUCCUGCAAACGACAAGAUGAACUUAAAGAAAAAUACCGUAAGGAGAUCGAAAAAGGUAUUAGCAGUGGUGAAAUUAGCACUGGAAAAGGGAAGAAUCAAGAGCGUUCUCUUCCAAGGCCAUCAAAUACUCGUUGGGGUUCUCAUCAUAAGACAUUAGUGCGUCUGGUCGAGUUGUUUUCAAUUGUUAUUGAGGUGCUUGAAUAUAUCCAGAAUGAAGGCCUUGAUGACUCAAAGAAACGACAAGCAUAUGGUCUUAUUAAGUACUUGUGUACUUUUGAUUUUGUCUUCUAUAUGCAACUGAUGCUGCUUAUUUUGGGACUAACAGAAAAUUUAUCCAUGGCUUUGCAACAAAAAAAUCAAGACAUUCUGAAUGCUGUUUCAUUGGUCGAAUCAACUAAGCGAGAACUGCAGAAGCUUAGAGAUGAUGGAUGGGAUUCUCUGAUUGUUAAAGUUUCUUUGUUCUGUAAGAAACAUGAUAUUGAAAUGAUCAUGAUGGAAGAUGGUUUUGUUGGUUCUGGGAGGCGACGAAAGAAAAGCAACAUAACCAAUUUGCAUCAUUAUAAGAUCAGUUGCUUCAAUGUUGUUCUGGAUCUGCAGCUGCAAGAGUUCAAUGAUCGUUUUACUGAGGUAAAUACCCAACUUCUUAUUUGUAUGGCUUCCUUAAGUCCUACAAAAUCGUUCAAGUUGUUUGACAAAGAGAACCUGAUAAAAUUGGUUGAGUUCUAUCCAGACGAUUUUAGUUUUUUUGAGCGUUCUUCUCUUGAGCAGCAACUUGACAUCUACAUUGAUAAUAUAAGAGAGGAUGGCCGAUUUAAUAACUUAGAGAGUCUUGGAGAUCUUUCUCGUUUGAUGGUUGAAACACAGAAACAUCUUGCACAUCCUCUAGUUUACAGACUUUUGAAGUUAGCACUAACUUUACCAGUUGCUACAGCAACUGUCGAGAGAUGUUUUUCUGCAAUGAAGUUUGUGAAGACGGCUUCGCGCAACCGGAUUGGAGAUCAGUUUUUAAGUGAUUGUCUUGUUUGCUAUAUUGAAAAAUAUUUGUUUGCAUCGGUUACAAAUGAAACAGUGGUGAAAAGGUUUCAAACCAUGGCUGAACGUAGAGUAUGUUUGUAA